AAAGCUAAAGAAAGGAAAUGGAAACCGAAAGUUAAUGAAAACCAAGAGAAUCGGGAAACUGAAUCUUCUCUUUCUUCCAGAAUUGAGCAAGACGGCCAUCUGCUUACUAAGCCUGGUCCUCAGCUUCUGCCUCUGAAAAUGUCCUUCUCACCGCCCAGUACCUGGGAGAAGAUGUUUCAAGAACUGAUGCAGGAGGAGAAACCCAGGGCCAAGUGGACCUUCCAGUUGGAUAAGAACAUUUUACCCGACGUCAUGGCCAUGGGAUGGCGGCAGUACCAGCAGACAGGACUUGGCAGGUUCCAGUGUUCCAUAUGUAACAGAUGGUGGAUUUCUGCUCAAGUGAAGAUCCUGUGCCACAUGUACCGGGAGCCAGGGAAAUCUCAGGGCCGGGUACUCAUGAGGAUCUUUGGUCAGAGGUGCCAGAAGUGUUCUAAGUCUCAAUUUGAGAAUCCUGAGUUCUUCACAGAGAGCAUCGGAAGGAUUAUGGAGAACCUAAUUAAUUAUAUUCUGCAGAAAUACUAUGGGCAUGGCUCCAAGAAGAAACCAUCAACUUCAAAUGAGAAACCUCUUAAGGUGCCUUUGGAUAGACCCCAUGACACAGCCAAUUGUGAGGCAUGCACUCUGGGCUACCAUGGAGGGUGUUCCUUUGCAUAUGAAGCAAAUCUGCCCAAAUACCCGUCUUCCCAACCAAACAGCCACAGCUCUCCCCCACCAAAGACCCACAGUUCUUCCCCACCAAUGAGCUACAGUUCUUCCCCACCAAUGAGCUACAGUUCUUGCCUAAAAAUGAGCCUCAGUUCUUCCCCACCAAUGAACCUUAGUUCUUCCCCAUCAAAGAUCCACAGUUCUUCCCCACCAAAGACCCACAGUUCUUCCCCACCAAUGAGCUACAGUUCUUGCCUAAAAAUGAGCCUCAGUUCUUCCCCACCAAAGAGCUACAGUUCUUCCCCACCAAAGAGCCACAAUUCUACCCCACCAAAGAUCCACAGUUCUUCCCCACCAAAGAGCCACAGUUCUUCCCCACCAAAGAGUCACAGUUCUUCCCCACCAAAGAUCCACAGUUCUUCCCCACCAAAGAGUCACAGUUCUUCCCCACCAAAGAGCCACAGUUCUUCCCCACCAAAGAGCCACAGUUCUUUCCCACCAAAGAGUCACAGUUCUUCCCCACCAAAGAGCCACAGUUCUUCCCCACCAAAGAGCCACAGUUCUUCCCCACCAAAGAGCUACAGUUCUUUACCUCAGACUAGGAAUAUGUAUGUUGAGAAUAGGCAUUUUGAGGAACACAGAGAGACCAAUUACACAGAGCUGUUAAUUGGUUUCUCUCUUGCUGCACUUACCUUUAUUCGUCAAUUCUUCAAAUAAUAGGCUUAUCUUGUUUUCAUACUAUGGUUAUCAAUAAUAUGGAUGUCAUUUUAACAUGACAGUGAAUUGAUUUGAGAUCAAGCAAGGCCAUGUAUGUAGAGUAAACAUGGUUUCCUGGACAUGCUCUGAAAUGACAAACACAUAAUGGACCCCAAAACAAAUCUGUAUUAAAUCACUGAACACUCUCAA